GUGGUGAGAGAGCAAUCAGCUGGGUCGAAAUUACGGAAUUUUUUAAUAAUCGUGAAAUAAAAUCUACGGUACUACGAUACGGAAGGAAGGAACUUUUCGUUUACAUGGGGUUCUCAUUAGUUUGAUUGAAACAGCUGGGUCGGAAUUGCGUUUACGGGCUUCACUGUUUUCAGGAUUAGUCAAAAAGUUAUCUAUACCAAGAAAAUUCUGUUCUCUAUCUCCAUUACAAUUAUCUAUGAUAUUACCUCCGCUGAAAAUUCUUUUUCAUUGCACUAUUUUCUCCAAUUGUACAACGCUUUUUCCACUUAGCUUCCUUCAUAUUUCAAUUGCUACUGAUUUUGCUUAACAGCAUUCGAGUUGCAGCAACGUCUUACACAACCAUAUGUGGAGAAUAUUAUUACUACUAGCACGUGUUCAAGGUGCAUAUUGUCAUGGAGAGAAUAACUGCGGCAUUGGACGUACUUUUAAGGGAAGCAGAUGAGCUGUGUAUUGGAACAGAAGUGACUGAACUAGAUCAAAUACCGGAACCGGUAGAAUUUGCGCGGAAUUUCUAUGCCAAAAGCCAACCCGUAGUGAUACGUAAUGCCAUCAAGCAUUGGCCGGCGGUACAUAAGUGGAAACCAGCUUAUUUAGAGCAGGUGCUUGAUAAGAAAGUAUUAGAUGUGACUUCAACGCCCAAUGGUUACGCGGACGGCUUGGCAAAACAAGAUGGUAUUGAGUAUUUUGUGCUACCUCUUGAAGAGAAAAUGUGUAUGAAUGAAUUCCUACAAAAGCUAGAUGAUCCCACUGGUGCUAUAUAUUAUAUUCAAAAGCAGAAUUCAAAUUUCACAACUGAUUUCCCAGAGUUAGCUAAAGAUAUUGAUGUGCGCGAUUUGAAAUUUGCUGAACAGUGUUUGAAUACUCCACCGUUGGUAAAUUUUUGGAUGGGUGAUGAACGCGCCGUCACCUCCAUGCACAAAGACCCAUUUGAUAAUUUGUAUUGUGUCAUCUCUGGACAUAAGGACUUUACAUUGUUACCACCGCACCAAGUUGUAAAUAUACCACGGCAAUUGUACCCUGUCGGACAAUAUAGACGUAAUCCAUUGGGCCAGUUUUACAUUGAACCUUCUGAGACAAACGAAACAAAACAGAUGCAAACGGAAUGGAUAAGCAUUGAUCCAUUAGCACCAGAUUUGAGCAAAUACCCACAAUUUGCACGUACGCAACCACUACAUGUGCGAGUGAAUGCCGGUGAUGUUUUGUUCUUGCCCAAUUUUUGGUUUCAUCAUGUACAGCAGUCUCACAAGUGUAUAGCCGUUAAUUUUUGGUAUGACAUGGAGUUCGAUAAUCGGUACUGUUUUUACCGUAUGCUGGAAAAGCUUGUGGAAAUAAAUCCAAAUUAGUUUUAAGCUGAAUUCUAAAUUUUAUUAAUUAAUAUUAUUUUCAAAUUUCAUAUAUUUUAAAUGUAAAUUCCUAUUUACGAUGUGCGUAUCGAUUGUAUUCCACAAAUGGAAGGACCUACAGUUUUAAGCCGACUCCGAACGACCAAUUUUUUCUUAUGAGGAGCUUUUUCAUGGCACAAGUUACACUUGGAGGCUUGACAUUGCCUGCCGAGCGACGGCUAUUCGGAAAAAUCUGGUGUUUCAUACACGGAGAUUCGAACCUACGCAUCCAUUCUAGUACGGCGGCCGAAUAUACUAUGUUGAAAGACCAUACCAUAAAAAUCAAGUUUGCUUUUUAAGACUUUUUUAACCCAUUAUUGUUUGACAUACUAUUAUGUGUUGAUCUCUUCAAUAAAUUUAUUACUGUUCUUCGAG